GCCUUGCGUCGCAUCUCGGCUCUCCCGGAGCCACCCCGAAGGCCCGACACGAGCCGGUUUCCGCUGGUCCCGACUCGGUCCCUGAACAUGCUCUGAGGAACACCCUCGCCAUGGAGGAGGCACGCGGCGGCGCGUCUUCCGUCUUCCUCGCCUCGCUUCUGCUGCUCCUCCUCGCCGCCGGCGCGGGGGCCCAGAGGAGUUUGGAAUUCUACGACCUGCUGCCGGAAGACCCGAAGCUCUACGAUAAGAUGCGGCCGCCGAAAAAGGACGGACAGGCGACGGUGGUGUACUUUCACGUGACCGUGAUGGGUCUGGACUCCAUCGAUGAGACCUCUAUGACUUACGCGGCGGACAUCUUCUUCGCGCAAACGUGGAAGGACAACAGACUGAGGCUGCCCGAGAACAUGACCUCCGAAUACAGGUUACUGGAGGUGGACUGGCUGAAGAACAUGUGGAGGCCGGACUCCUUCUUCAAGAACGCCAAGUCCGUGACGUUCCAGACGAUGACGAUACCCAACCAUUACUUGUGGCUCUACAAGGACAAGACCAUCCUGUACAUGGUGAAGCUAACCCUGAAGCUGUCCUGCGCCAUGAAUUUCCUGAUCUAUCCCCACGACACCCAGGAGUGCAAGCUGCAGAUGGAGAGCCUGUCGCACACGACGGAUGAAAUGAUCUUCCAGUGGGACCCCGACGUGCCUCUCGUCGUCGACGAGAACAUCGAGCUGCCCCAGUUGCAGCUCGUCAAGAAUUACACGGCCGAUUGCACGCAGGUCUACUCCACGGGUAACUUUACCUGUCUGGAGGUCAUCUUCGUCCUGAAGCGCCGACUCGGCUACUACCUCUUCCACACUUACGUGCCCACGUGUCUGAUCGUCAUCAUGUCGUGGGUGUCCUUCUGGAUAAAACCGGAAGCGGCGCCAGCCAGGGUGACGCUGGGGGUGACGUCGCUUCUGACACUGUCGACGCAGCAUGCGAAGAGCCAGGCGUCCCUGCCGCCGGUCUCCUACUUGAAGGCGGUGGACGCCUUCAUGUCGGUCUGCACGGUCUUCGUCUUCAUGGCCCUGAUGGAGUACUGCCUGGUGAACAUCGUCCUCGGGGACUCGGACGCGCCCCCUGCCAAGCCACCCCCGCCGCCCCCGGCACCCGCCACCGCCGGCGGCCCCCCGGAUGGCAACAAGCUCGACAAGAUCUUCGACAUCGCCACCAAGAAGUCGACUUCCGGUCCGCCUCCCGGCCCGACGCCGGCGCAGCGCGCGAGGAUGCGCGCUCUCAACAUCGACCGGGUGUCGCGCGUCUUCUUCCCGUUUCUCUUCACCCUGCUGAACGUCACCUACUGGAUCAUGUUCGCCGAGUACAUCUAG